CGUGAGGAGCACAGGUGUCCCACGUGGCUCCCACCCGGGCGCCCCUCCCCGGGCCUGCAGCGGCCCCUGGCCCGAGCGUGUCCCGCCGCGCGCUCCUCGCCGCGCUCGCCGCCUCUGUUCCGUGAGGAACACAGGUGUCCCACAUGACUCCCACCCGGGCGCCCCUCCCCGGGCCUGCAGCGGCCCCUGGCCCGAGCGUGAUUCGCCGAGAGCCCAGCCCGAGUGGUCUCCACGCCGCAGGAGCCUGCGUUCCGGGGCGUGGUUAGCUGCGUCGGAGAGGCGCCGCUUCCUUCCUCGCGCUCUCAGGAGAGGAGAAGCCCGGCCCCCGGGCGAACAAGCCCGGCGUGCCGAGACCACUGGCCCCGCGCGAACGCGGCGUCGGGACGGCGGGUUUUGUUCGGCAAUGUCUGCGCUCCACCUGAGUGCGGUCGUGGCGCCCGGUCGUCUCUCCGGGAAGUCGGCGUUCCGGGCAAAGCGCACCUGGCGCGCGCCUCCUCCGGGCUCCCCGCUGUCGGCCCCGGGCGAGCCGGCGGGGUUCUUGGGAGGCAGCGCGCAGCGGGCCCGGGAACGGCCCCUCUCAUGGGUCCCCGGCAGCGGAGCACCGAGCGGAGGGGCGCGGACCGCAGUGCCCCCAUCCCUCCCUCUUCAGGAAGUCCACGUGAGCAAGCAGACCAUUGGGAAGAUUUCAGUCGCCAGCAAAAGGAUGUGGUGCUCGGCUGUGGCGGACGUCCUGUUUCUGAUCGAUGGCUCUCACAGCAUUGGGAAAGGGAGCUUUGAAAGGUCCAAGCACUUUGCCAUCACGGUCUGUGAUGCUCUGGACAUCAACCCCAGGAGGGUCAAGGUGGGAGCCAUCCAGUUCAGCUCCUCCCCUCGUCUGGAAUUCCCCAUGGAUGCGUUUUCAACCCAACAGGAAGUGAAGGCAAGAAUCAAGAGGAUGGUUUUCAAGUGGGAGGAGCUGCGCACGCUGGCCAGCGAGGCAAGGGAGCAGCACGUGCUGAUGGCCGAGCAGGUGGAGGACGCCGCCCACGGCCUCUCCAGCACCCUCGGCGGCUCUGCCACGUGCACCAUUGCCUCUCCGGUUUCCACGUGUCUGGGGACUGAGCAAGGCCAGAGGCUUACGGUGCUUCGAUGGAUUCCGGAUGUGGAGGCCGUGAAGAAUGCUGGAUUCUUCAGGGCCGGAGCUCAGGCAUUCAAGGGCACCCGCCGCCCGGCUCUCAGCCACUGCCCCGCAGACCCCCAGAUCGUCCCCUUUAUCCGGACCACCUUCAGUAUGGCACCUGGUCAGGAGCUCAUGACCUCGCCCUCUAGUCCUUUCUGGAGGGCCAGGGUAGCGUUUGAACCAGCUGCACCUUGGCCCCUUGGCCUGGCCUCAGCGAUGAGAUCAGAGCGCGCACAGCAGUGAGAUGGAGCGGCUGAGAAGCCGUGAGGGCCGUGUUGGGUCGAUGCAGAGUCCGAACGCCAUCUCGGCAGGGAAGGGUGGUGCCCCCCAUGUGGAUCAGAGGAAGUGGGGCCUCGUGCCAUGUCAGAGGCCACUAAAGGCUCUCUUCCGAACCUGCACUUCCGAGUGAAAGGAGGUAGUUCUUCAUUCCCUGGUGAACAUGUUUAAGGACUCACUGUGAGCCAGGCAGGGUCCAGCGAGGAGGCAGGCACAGUCGCGGCCCCAAGAAGCUCGUGGUCCAGAGAGAGCCUCCCAAGCACUGGGAUGGGGCCUGUCCUCGACACACGUCAUGGAGGAGGGGUUGCUUGAGCAGUCUCGAAAGAUGUGGGAACCGGGUAGCAGUGGGCAGAGGCGUCCAGAGCCGGGAGCCCUGGGAGAGGCUGGUGGGUAGAGUACACUUCAUGGCUAUGUGCUCAGACUCUGGGGGCAUCACCACUAGUGAGCUGGGAACCUCCCGCUGUCUGUUUCCACAUUCAGCAAGGGGGUGAUAACAGGACCUGCCCCCGGAGGAUUGCCAGGGGCACGCAGUGAGGUAAUUCGUAGAAUGCACUGACAUUGCAGGCUUCUAGAAUAAUGCAUAUAGUAGGCUUUUCAUCAAUCCCCUCAUUCAAGAAAUACUCACCGAGGCUCUCCUAAGUUCCCAGCACUGCCCCAGGUCCUGGGGAAUCAGCAUGAGCGUCUCGGAAACAAAUCUGCUCUCAUGAGCAAGAGGCAGCAGUGAACAAAGUGAAUACCUAAAUGAACUAUUAGGUGGUGGUAAGUGCA